AUGGUCACCACAACCCCUGGCGCUCCUAGACUCUCUCAAGCCACCAAAACCUUCCUCAAGAACUUCUUCGAUCGACUAACCCAAGAGAACCUCGAAGACGUCUUGGUAGUCCUCCCUCACUAUGAAAAACAGCGGAUAGAAGUCCACGACACCGCUUCCGCUCCCGUCAAGCUCUUCGUUGGACGCCACCACGGUCUACUCUUCGCAUGCCCCGACGGUACAAUGCACACGCUGACCUUGUACAAUGGCCAAAUCCGCUCAGUGACUAGAGAGAGCGACAUGAUGAUGUUCGCCUCAUCCUUCGUAGCAUGCGAGCCUUUCAAUCGCGUAGAUGAAAUGCGUCUCGGGCUCCGAGGUAGUCCGAUGGAGCCUAUGUCCCUCGCUCUAGUGCAGCUGUAUUGUCUCGUGUUCGCCAUCGCAGAGCGGGACGCCGACUUGGAUCUCCCGCUUCCUAAGCUCAAGGACUUGGUGCGCGCGCUCAGGGCACUCGGCAACGUCGAGGAGGUCGCGGAGAGCGUGAGGCAUCUUCGGGGCAUCCUCCAGGAUAAUAGGGAUCCGCGCAGCUUCGUGGUCCUGGGGUUGAACGUGGACGUGACGGGCUCGGACGUGGCGGGCUCGGAAGGUGUGUUUAGUCCACGCACAUGCCCCGCGGAGCUCCGUACUUACUCCCAUCUAGAAGACGAGCAUACACCCACCGAGAGCCUUACUAGCUCUACGCUUCCGCAUACGCCCCUAGCUCCGGGUAGUACUUCUACAGCUCAACCAGCGGAUAUGGACCCUUCACCUACUCCAUCUCUUGCCAAACGCUCGGGUUCUAGCCCGAAGACUAAGGUAGGAACUCCUGCUCUCUCCCGAGACUCCACCCGGUCGGGGCCCGACUCCACUCCUCCUCUGGAACUAGAUAGCGAGAGCACGGACGACGACGUGGAAGCCCGCCUGACCGCUCGUUCUCUAGAAUUUCUACCGGGCAAAAAGGGACCCGCAGUACCAGUCUGCUCGACGGCUCCUUCGAUUCACAUAUCAAGCGGGACGCUGAAAGCGCUCGAGGAUGACGUUGGCGACACGCUCCUUGAACACCUACCGACCCUGAGCGGCGUUAACUUCGCAGCACACGGGAAAGGCCAGGAGUAUUUACAUCUCCGCCUCAAGCUUGGAACCUACGCCGAUAAACACGGGCCCCAUUCGGCUUGGAAAGUAUGGGCGUAUCUCAAGCCGACCAGCCACGCCAACAAAGCGCCCUCACUCUACAUAGAGACGGGCUCCGGGACCCGGGCUGAACAUCUUGCCGCGGACGUGCUUCUCACAUACGCGGAGUCUGGACAAGUGCAGUUGCGCUUUCCGUUCGACCGUGUCCGGAAUGUAGACGAGCUGAAGGCUAUAGUGAAGUACUACUUCCUGCAUGCGGCGAAGGAUAAGCUGCGUGGGUUCGAGAACCAUAUGAUUCCGUGGAAUAAGACCUUCGGCAACGACAUGAGGGAGAUCUGUAGGCGGGUCGAAGCCGCUCCAUCCGAGCGACUUGCCGACCUUCUCCACGACGAACCAGCAGCCGAAUCGGUCGGUAAUAUGUCUGCGCAUGCGGCACUGGGUAGAGAAGCAAACGGUGUGUCCGCUUCAAGCAAAGGAAAGAUGCGUGUCCGAAUCGGUGUCUCCGUCGACCGGGGGAGGUCAGUCCUUGGGGAGACAAGCGGCAAUACAAUGGCCACGAGUUCUCGGCCGACAUGGAACAGCCAGCAGGCCGCCCAGAAUGCAAAGAAAACUGGGCUCACCAAGCUGCCUGACUCCUUCAUUGAGACCGUCGUCGGUGACGGCUCCUUUCGAGCCACAAACGCUCCUAGGCCAAAGAAGCGAACUAGCCAAGGAAACCGAACGUCGCUCCGUGCCACACCGAAUUCAGGCCUCGAUGACGACACGACUGCCCUGGGUUACAACCGCGACGGGAGUGCAGUUGAGGCUGGGGCAGCGGUCGGCAACGAGGCAGUCUCAGGCAGCAUCAGCGAGAGCGAUGAGAGCUCGAUCUACUACGACGAAUCAGACAGCGAAGCCUCUCGCAAGGUACAGAAACGCCUUCCUACCCAUUUGUCCCGGAACGCACCGCGCUCUGAGCGCCGCAGCGCGGGUAACCAAUCCCCGAACGACGCCAACAACUCUCGUCUCUCUAGCCGCAAGAAGGGCAAGGAGAAGGAGAGUCGCCGUGCAUACCGCCGCAACGGGCGUCCACGGCGUCGCGAAAUGAGCCACAUCCUCUCCAAGUGGCGCGGCGCGAUCAGGAAGCAGACCGCAGAGGUGUCCAAGGCCAAGAACGUCGCCCGGGCUGUUGGCAACAAACUCCUGAGGACUGCUAUCGCGUCCAGCAAAGCCCAUAGAGCCUUGUUUAGACAUGUCGACAAGCUGUGCGAGAUGAUAGAGGGGUCAACUAACCAGUUCCUAGACUUGCUCCAGAGGGAGCAGCAGGUGCGACCGGCGUCUAGCACAGUGGAGGGCUGA